AUGUCUAGCUGCAACAAACAGGCCAUACAUACAUCCGGCUUUGACGCUGAUAUUACUGCGCUCACGAUACAACUAGACGAGAUCAGACUGUUUAUUGAAGGUGACAAAGGCAAAUACGCUGCCAAUCAACCCCCGGAUCGUAACAUCGUGUGCGCCGCCUUCGAGGAGGAAUUGAGAAGAUAUGAAGUUUUUAUUACAGAUCAGAGGCUCGCUCAUAGUAUGGGAGCUGCAGUACAUGUUGAUGGCGAAAUCAUUCUGGAGUCAACAAUCGAAGAAACCCAAUGCCAAGAAGACCGACUGCUUGCACUUCAAAUCAGCAACGACGAGCCCGGAUAUGAGGAUCCGCCAGCAUCGGGGUCCAUAAUAGACAGUAGUCAGGUUCAAAACUGGCUGAAAACUGCCACUCACAGCCAGCACGCCGGCUCUGUGGUCGACUUUGCUAUCGACGACAGUGACGAUGGAACUGAGGCUGGCCCCUCCAAAACGUUUGCUGAGCGACAAGCGGACGUGCUCGAAAAACUUUCUCAGCGGCUUCAGUGUGUCGUUUGCCGCGAGAAGGUCUUCUCCAAUCUUACGGUGUCAUUGCCUUGUGGCGAUCGCUAUUGUAUCGAGUGCCUGAAAGGGUACUUCAUUCGGGCGACGAAAGAUGAGAUGUUAUUUCCUGUGAGGUGCCACAAGAAGCCCAUUCCACUAAAUCUCAUCGCUGCACAUUUGUCUGUUGACGAAUUGGCAGCGUUCGAACGAGCUAGUAUUGAGUUCUCCACCGUCGAUCGAACGUACUGUAGCAAUCGCGCUUGCGGAGAAUUUAUUCCACCAGAACAGAUCCAAUCAGCAACCCACAGAGCCUCUUGCACGUUCUGCAGUACCUCCACUUGCGGACUGUGUAAUCGCAGUUAUCACGGUGGCUUGGAUUGUCCGGAUGAUCCUGAGCUACGCCAGACUCGCGAUUUAGCGGGUGAGCUUGGGUGGCAGACAUGCUUCUCUUGUGGAAGCAUAGUCGUUUUGAGGAGCGGUUGUAAUCAUAUGACAUGUUGUUGUAAAGCUGAAUUCUGUUACGAAUGUGGCACUCAAUGGAAACAAUGUCGUUGCGAACAUGCGGAUGCAGGCAGGAUUCUCGAGAGAGCUGAAGAGAUUGUGGAGCGCGAUGCUCCAAUUGGAAUUCCACAGAGAGAACGACGGGAGCGAGUGCAACAAGUCCGCGCCGAACUCGAGCUGAAUCAUGAGUGCGAACACCCAGGCAAGUUUCAACGCAUAUACGAGUGUGGGAGACGCGGCUUUCGUUGCGAGAUGUGUGAUGUCAGGCACUGGAAGUACAUGCUACAAUGUCGUCAUUGUUUCAUUAAUGUAUGCGAAGAUUGCCGUCGAUGGCGAGUGUAA